AGUGACUCGCAAACCGUGGUGUUCAGUUUGAGUUUUGUAAACAAAGUGUGGUGUUGUGAUUUUCAGGCAAAAUGAAGGUUUUUAUCCUUACCCUACUUGUGACAGCAUCAGUUCUCGCGGAACCGAGCAAAGUCAUCCAGAAACGGAGCGGCCUUGUCGGCCACUACGCCGCCGGCGCACCCGUACUCGCCCACGGGAUUGGUUUGGGCCACGGCUAUGGGUUAGGCCUAGGGUACAGCUCAGGUUUGGCCCUGGGUCACGGGGCCGUGGUCGGGGCGGACGUCCACACGACGGUGACGAAACACGUCGGUGUACCCGUACCCGCCCCGUACCCUGUGGCAGUCGAUAGACCGGUGCCGUACCCUGUCAAGGUCGCAGUUCCAGUACCAGUUGACCGUCCCUACCCAGUUCACGUACCCAGGCCGUACCCUGUGGCCGUCGACAGGCCCGUGGCUGUACCCGUGGACCGCCCUGUGCCCGUACCCGUGCCGCACGCCGUACCCGUCCCCGUCAUCAAACAAGUCGGCGUACCCGUACCCCAGCCGUACCCUGUCGCUGUGCCCAAGCCCGUCGCUGUCCCCGUGCCCGCCCCCGUAGCCGUCCCCGUUGUGAAAUCCGUCGUAGCCCCGGCCUUACACGAGGGUAUUUCUCUCGGCCAUAGCUUUGGCCAUGUCGGCAUCGGCCACGGAUUUGGACACGGGAUCGGACACGGGAUAGGACACGGGAUCGGACAAGGGAUAUCCCUCGGCCACGGGCUGUCCGGACAUGCCAAAUUAUGGUAA